AUGACGGUGAAAGAAGUAUCCGAAAAGCUGCGUCGCUUGAUUAACGAGAAAUAUACAAUUGACCAAGUGGGUAAGGUACUAUCGGCCGCCGAUCAAAACCACGAUGGUUAUAUUGAUCAGAAAGAAAAUUUUGCCCAAGUUAUGCGUGAACUUGGCAUUCAACUCACCGAUCGCGAAACACGUAGUGCGGCAAAAGCACUCGGAGCAACAGAGCAAGGAAUUCGUAUUGAUACUUUCUUGGCAUUCUUCAGCCCUGCAAUUCCUAAAGAAAGAAUGAAAUUUAUACAAGACGCCUACAAAAAACUUGAUACCGAUGGUGAUGAUGUUGUAGAUAUUGACGAGCUCGUUACUCGCUUCGGAGAUGGAGACUUUGUUAAUUUCUUCGGCAGAAGAAUGACAAAAGAAAUGUUUAAAUCACACAUGAUGAAAUGCUUUGAUGCUGAUAGAGAUGGAAAGUUCCAACUUUCUGGAUUUAGUACAUAUUUCCAAGAAUAUAGCCAAUAUAUUAAGUCUGAUGAAGAAUGGGCAAAUGUUAUGAAUGGAAUGUGGGGAUUAGCCCAGUAA